AGAUAGAUAGAUUUGUUGUUGUUGUACUCUUAUUAUGUUAUGGCAGUCUGAAGGGCUCAUCUCGAAUCAAAUCAAGGGUCAAAUAAAUAACUUUAGGGGUUCCACUGCCCCAUGACUUGUCAUGGUGCUUCUGCGCAUGCCCACUACAACACUCACUGAAGGUAAACAAAGAGGAAAGCGCACAACCGGCCUCAGUCCUGCCUAAACAUUAAACACUGCUCUCCUACCGGCCUUUCUGUCCGAUCAAAACAUGGAUGGGAUAUUUUCAUGUCGAGCAAGUAUUAAUUAUGACCAAGGCGGCAGGAAAUACAUGGAGGACUUAGUGACGAUGAAGCAGGAGGAUGAGCCGAGUGAAGAUGAACUGGACGCCGCCGAACGUGGCGAGAUCGCGGCAAAAGCAAAAGACCAAAACCCCGACGCUUCAAUCCAAGACUCCAUCCCCGGAUCUAUCACUGUUACUUAUGUUCAAGACGAUGAGCCUAGCUCUACUCUUCAGCAGGCGGCGAUGCCCUCCUCUCACCCGUCCAAAUACAGUCGUCGGCCGCGGGCUGUGGCUAUGUUCGCCGUGUUCGACGGACACGGAGGUCCGGACGCCGCACGCUUUGCUCGCCGCCAUUUGUGGGACCACAUCAAAAAACAAAGAGGCUUUUGGUCUGAGGACGACGACGAGGUGUGCGCUGCUCUGCGAAAGGGAUUCAUCACUUGUCACCAUGCCAUGUGGAAGAAAUUACCGGAAUGGCCAAAGACAGUUACAGGACUUCCCAGCACAUCGGGCACAACUGCAAGUAUUGUUGUAAUACGACGUGACCGUAUGUAUGUUGCCCAUGUUGGGGACUCAGCGGUGGUGUUAGGGGUGCAGGAUCACCCCUCUGACAAGUUCAUUCGAGCUGUAGAAAUUACACAGGACCACAAACCUGACCUCCCGAAGGAAAGGGAGAGAAUAGAGGGGCUCGGUGGCAGUGUCAUUAAAAAGUCUGGAGUCAAUAGGGUGGUGUGGAAGAGACCCAGACUGACCCACAAUGGACCAGUAAGAAGGAGCACAGUCAUCGAUCAGAUCCCAUUUUUGGCUGUGGCCCGAGCUCUUGGUGAUCUGUGGAGUUACGACUUCUACAGUGGAGAGUUUGUAGUGUCACCAGAGCCUGAUACCGCUGUUAUCAAACUGGAUUUGAAGCAGCACCUUUACAUCAUCUUAGGCAGUGAUGGGUUAUGGAACAUGGUAUCACCACAGGAGGCUGUGUCUAUUUGCCAGGAAAAUGACAAUGCCAAGCCAAAGAACCAAAAGGAAAAUGUUUCAAAUGCUAUUCUGCUCGUGAACCAUGCCUUACUGAGAUGGCAUCAACGCAUGCUCCGUGCUGAUAAUACUAGUGCCAUUGUUAUCUGUUUGGAGCCGUUCGGGACAUCCUCUGAGUGCUUGCCACCUUACGAGACUGUGUAUAAUCUACAAGGACCAAAGUGUGGCUCCGUUCCUAAAUCUUGCACCAACUCUUUGCCCACUCAGGGUCCUGACACUCAAGUACAGCCCAUCACGGAGCAGCAAAACGGCAGCUGUGAGACGAGCAUGAUAUUUGAAUCAUCUCCUGAUAGCCUUACAAACUGUGAAGACCUGCCUUGUAAUGACUCACUGGAAAAUGAGGCCCAUUGUGACAGAGUGCCUACAGGCAAACGGAUGCUAGAGGAUUCCUCCUCACCUGUGCUGAAGAAACCCCGUCGUAGUUUGUCCCAUUCCCCUCUUAAAGAGUCCUCAUGUACAUCUUCAAAGAAACUGAGCACACAGUCCUCGGCGAGGAGCGGUGGUGGCGGCAAUGGUCAGAAACCGUCUGAAAUUGUCCAAGCGCUGCUUCAACAGCAUGGGAAGGCUGCUGUAUGUGUUUGCUGACAUUCAUGGUCCUAAUACAAUGCAAUCCGUACACUUAAUGCUGGACAGUCAGACUCUCAUAUUAGUUGAUAUAAGCUACUGAGAAACCAAAUCCUAAAGCAAGUAACAAUGUCAAAAGAAAGAAAGAAACAAACAAAAAUCACUCGCUUCCAUUCACGACACUCAUAUUUUAGUCUAUGUUAGUGGUAUAUUGUUAUACUUUAUAUUUUGCAGACUAAUGCAAAUGUUUAGAUUUUGUUUUGUUUUGAUGGAUCAAAUAGGGAUUUAUGCACUUUUUAAGUUGAAUUUGUGCAGUCUUUUUGGAAAAUUGGAGGAUUGUGCGGAAAAAUGACCAAAAAAAGAAGAAAAAAAAAAGAAAUUCUAUCUUCUGAGAAGAUAUUUCCCUACAGCGUACAUGUCGUCUGUUUCAAAAAGAUUUAAUCUCUUUGGGAUCAAUGUUAUAGUUUUCUUUGUACAUGGUUUUACUGAACAAGGAGAAUGAUACAUCAUUUCUAGUGUUCAUUGCUAUCUUAACCCUGUGUCAUAAGGUUUAACAUUGUAUGCAAGCAUGAACUUUAUGAAUUAUACAUUAUGGAUUUUAAACAUUAUGGUUAUUUUAAUGUUUCAAGGAUUUCAUUAACAUUGUU